CAUUUCGAUUCUUUCGUUCUGUAUUCUUUGAUUAAAAAAAAAAACUAAAUACCCACAAAGUUUCUCAAUUAUUUUAAAAUAAAAAAAAAUAAAUUUAAAUAAAAAUGGCAGCAGCAACCGUAUCAAUUGAUUCUCUUGAUAAAGAACAAAUGAAAACGUUCCAAGACUUCCUUUUGUCAUACAACAAACUAUCUGAACUCUGUUUUGUUGACUGCAUUCGAGAUUUCACUGCACGAACAGUGAAACCAGAUGAGGAAAAAUGCUCACUAAAUUGCAUGGAAAAAUAUUUAAAAAUGAACCAAAGAAUAUCUCAGCGCUUCCAAGAGUUCCAAAUGAUUGCCAACGAGAACGCCAUGGCUGUCGCACAAAAAACUGGAAAAAUGUAAAAGCCCCCAAAGUUGAGAGGAAAUGUUGUUUCACUCUGCCUAGCAUUUUAAGAUACCACCAGACAAAUGAUAAAAUGAACUGUUAGUUUUAUUUCAAAAGUCAAAAUAAAAUACACAAAUUUAAUUAA